GGUUGGUUUGGAUAUUUAUUAGCACUGCAAAAGUUUCAUCGAGUAAUAUAGAAUGCCCCAAAACACCUGAAAUGAAAUUUCUUGAUGUUUUUAAAAACUUGAAUGUCUCUAUAAACUGCCCGUUGUGUGAUAGUGAAACCACAGAAGCGAGGAAGGAGAAAAGUACUUUGUUGAAAAAUGUCAAACUAUGGACCACCCUUCUUGUAGCGGGAGACGGUCUAUCUCAAUGGAUUCUCGCUCUCAUUGACAGUAAAAAUACUAACCGAGACAAUGCUGACAACGCCAUCUUGUCGCAAAGCGGUAACGCCGAGGGCUCACCAUGUGCUUUCCCAUUCAAAGUACAAGACAAAAAUAUCACUCGAUUUCAUUUCACUUGUGCAGAUUCCGGUAGAGAAUGACAGGCGACUGCUGGUGUUCCACGCAGCAGGAAUUUUCCGAUGAUGGUAAAUGGGGAUUCUGUCCCUGUGCAAAACCUCGACCUGGAGUUCGACUGUUAGCGGAAUACGGGACGUCGCCUGGAGACCCAUGUCAUUUCCCGUUUACCUAUAAAGGCCGAACCUACGAUUCGUGUAUAACGGAGCACCGUGGCAGCUGUUGGUGUGGAACUACCUCGGAUGUAGACGUGGACCAAAAGUGGGGGUUUUGUCCAUGCGAUGGUCCCUCGUACUCUGGCACAUGGGGUGUGUGGGGUGCUUGGAGCACGAUGAGGCCUGGCAAUGCAUAUCACAGAUGUCAAUGCGGCGAAAUAAGGUUUCGAAAAAGAGCCUGCGACCCACCGACCGAGUUAAAGUUUUUCGUAACUGGCCGCGAGGUGGUGUGCGAGGGCAAAUCGGUCGACGCUGAGAUAUGUUCUUGUCUGCAUGAACGAUUGACUGCUGGGAAAUACAAACAUGUACUUGACGUUAGGGACCGAACAAAGAUUAUAGAUAAUGUUAAGAAACAAAACUACACCGAGCUACGUAUUACGAAACUUCAAGUAGAAGAUUCUGGAAUCUGGAUCUGCAACAUAGCUGCGUUAAACAGGCACGUUCAAAUGCAUCGGUUAGCGGUGUACCAUCUUAACGUGGUAGACGUGCUGCAUAUGAAAACUAUAUACCUUGAUGCUGAUGAACAACCACAUGAUAACGGUCGAUAUGGCAUAGAUUGGAUUACAUGGCAUUGGACAGCGUGGCAGGAAUGUGAUCGCUGUGACGUGGCGGGUGAACGACGUAGAUAUG